UGGUCGACUUGUGUUUACGUCGGAGAUGGUUCGUGUUGGUUUGAGUCUAUUUCAGUCCUUCAAAAAAAGGCAUAGGAACUUUCUAGAUAGUAUAUACAUUUAUGCCAGAGGAGGAAGUGGAGGAAAUGGACUGCCAAAAUAUGGUGGAAUUGGAGGGAAGGGUGGCGAUGUGUAUGUGAAAGCAACAAGUGAGCUGACGUUAAGGGACGUUACUCAAAAGCAACCAAAUAAAAGAUUUGUUGGUGGAUCAGGUGAACAUAGUAAAAAAUACAGAAUUCUGGGAAGGCCAGGAGAAGAUUUGAUCAUCGACGUUCCAACGGGAAUAACUGUUAUUAAUCAGAAAAAAAGAGUGCUAGGCGAUCUGAAUAAUCCAGACGACACUCUUCUGAUAGCCAAGGGAGGUUGUGGAGGUUCGAAAGAAAAUCAGUAUUUUGGACAAAAAGGACAGUCCGUCUGUGUUACUUUGGAUCUGAAACUUAUCGCCGAUGUAGGAUUUGUCGGAUUUCCCAAUGCUGGAAAGUCUACCCUAUUAAAAGCUUUAUCCAGAGCAUCACCGAAAAUUGCAAAUUACCCCUUUACAACAAUAAAGCCUAAUGUCGGAAUGAUGGUGUAUGAAGACAAUAGACAGAUAUUAUUAGCAGACUUGCCGGGAUUAAUAGAAGGUGCACACGACAAUUUUGGCAUGGGUCAUCAUUUUUUGAAGCAUGUGAUCAGGACGAAAUUGCUUCUGUUCGUUGUCGAUGUGUCCGGAUUUCGGCUGACUUCCAACAAGUAUGAUUAUCCCUAUAGAAAUGCCUUAGAAACUGUAAUGCUGCUGAACAAAGAACUGGAGCUGUACAAAGAAGAACUAACAGACAAACCGGCAAUUUUAGUGGUGAAUAAAAUGGAUACAGAAAAUUCCGAGAAAGAAUUUGCCUUUCUUUUGGAAAAAUUGAAACAUUUUGAAGGUAAAAUUUAA